AUGUCUACCGCUGGACCGGAUGCAUUGGGUCUUAUUCUUGAAGAUGGAGGGGAUGCGGGUUAUGCAGUGCGUGAUGAGGAGCGGAGGUAUCGUGCGCAAUCUUCGUAUGCUGCGAGUCGGACUUCUUUUCCACCUAGUCCUACCUCAUAUCACACCUCCCACACUCCAAAUCGCCUCUCUCGCACCCAAUCCUCUCGCACCCAGCGCGCCUAUCAUCGUCGACAUACCUCACAACCGAGGGAAUACGAAGAAGGGACGACACCGCGCGUUCCCAGUGGCAGUUCUUCAUAUACGAAUACCAACGCGCUAUCGCUCCAUUUUGAUGCUUCGCUUUCAGUGCACGAUCAUGCCGUGCGUCCUUUCAUAGGCGCUGGGAGUGGGAAUGGUCCACAGAUCGUCGCUCCUACCCCAGUCGUUGGUGGGCCUAGCAUUGUGCAUAUGUGGGCUAAUCGCACAUGA